AUGCACAGCAAUCUCGCGUUGGCACUGCUUGCCUCCCUCUUGGGAGUGCUGCCAACAGCCAGCGCAAAUCUGUAUACUAAGAACUCUCCUGUUUUGCAGGUCGAUCACAAGACCUACGAUUCGCUGAUUGCCAAAUCAAACUAUACUUCUAUUGUAGAAUUCUAUGCCCCAUGGUGCGGUCACUGCCAGAAUCUGAAGCCGGCGUAUGAGAAGGUAGCCAAAAACCUGGAGGGCCUGGCCAAAGUAGCCGCCGUCAACUGCGACGAUGACGCAAACAAACCGUUCUGCGGGCAGAUGGGCAUCCAAGGGUUCCCGACGCUGAAGAUCGUAACCCCUUCCAAGAAGCCCGGCAAGCCGCGGGUGGAAGACUACCAAGGCCCGAGGAGCGCAAAAGCUAUAGUGGAUGCGGUGGUGGAACGGAUUCCGAACCACGUCAAGAGGCUCACGGACAAGGACUUCCAGGCCUGGCUAUCCGAGGAUGACAAGCCCAAGGCCAUCCUGUUUACAGAGAAGGGGACUACCAGUGCUCUUCUGCGAUCUCUGGCGAUCGAUUUCCUGGGAGGGAUCAAGUUCGCUCAGAUCCGCAACAAGGAAUCCGGCGCGGUGGAGAAGUUCGGGAUCACCUCGUUCCCAACGCUGAUUCUCCUUCCUGGCGGUGAGGCGGAGCCGGUCGUCUAUGAGGGGGAACUGAAGAAGAAGCCCAUGGUGGAGUUUCUCAGUCAGGCUGCGCAACCCAACCCCGAUCCGGCUCCUGCCUCUACGUCUAAGGCAUCUAAGAAGUCCUCCACUAGCUCGACCUCGUCUGUCGUUCGCGGGAACGCCAAGCCAACCCAGUCAACGGAGCCCAUCGUUGACGUCCCUGAGGAUGAGAAGCCGGCUCAGGUGCCAGUCAAGGCACCUGAGCUCGACCAGCUCCCUACCUAUGAAGCUCUCGAAUCAACCUGCCUGACCUCCAAGUCCGGCACCUGCGUCCUGGUGCUUCUUCCUGCGACCGAGUCACCCGACGCUGACCUCCCAGGCCCGGCGAAGGAAGCUCUGGCCAGCUCGUCGGAACUCGCACACAAGCUCUCGCAGCACCGCCUUCCUUUCUACAGCGUCCCUGCGAUCAACACGGGAUCCAAGACCUUACGGAACCAGCUUGGUCUUUCCGAGGAGACGGCAGUGGAGAUCAUCGCGCUAAACGGACGACGAGGCUGGUGGCGGCGAGUUGCUAAGAUCGAGGCCUGGGUCGACGCGAUCAGGCUAGGCGAAGGUCAUAAGAACAAGUUGCCUGAGGGUGUCAUCGUCGAAGAGAAGGACGAGGCGGAGAAGCAAGAGGAGGAAAAGCAAGAGGAGGAGAAGCAGGAGGAGGAGAAGCAGGAGGAGGAGGAGAAGAAGAAGGAAGAGGUUGAGCACGACGAGUUGUGA